AUGGCAGCUGAAAAUUCUAGCAAGAGAAACUCCAAUGUUCAACUCCUUGAAGAACUUGAGGCUCUAAGUGAAUCACUCUACCAAUCACACACUACAAGAGCUAGAAGAACAGCUUCUCUAACUCUUCCAAGAACCUCAAUUCCUUCUCGUCCAUCUCCUAAAGAUGAUAACAACACUGCCAAACUUGACAACAACAGAAACAGCGAGAAACCGAAGUCGCGCCGCAUGUCUUUGUCUCCAUGGAAAUCAACAACAAAUAUCGAAGAUGUUACGCCAUUGUCACCAUCAUCACCGUCAUCACUAUCAUCUACUCUAUCAGAUAACAAGAAGUUCGAGGAAAAGGCGAGUUCAGCUGAGAAAAAAGGGAUAUGGAAUUGGAAGCCUAUAAGGGCUAUUUCACAUAUUGGUAAGCAGAAAAUAAGCUGUUUGUUUUCUGUUGAAAUAAUCACUGCUCAAUCACUUCCUUCAUCAAUGAAUGGACUAAGGCUUUCUGUUUGUGUUAGAAAGAAAGAGAAUAAAGAUGGUUCUGUUCAAACAAUGCCAUCAAGAGUUUCUCAAGGUGCUGCUGAUUUUGAAGAGACGCUUUUCAUUAGGUGUAAUGUUUAUUGCAAUCAACAAGGUAAUGGAAAGAAUCUGAAAUUUGAGUCAAGGCCAUUUUUUAUAUAUCUUUUCGCAGUCGAUGCGAAAGAGCUUAAUUUUGGAAGAAAUUUAGUGGACUUAAGCCAGUUGAUUCAAGAAUCGAUCGAGAAAAGCCGGCUAGGAAAUCGAGUUAGGCAGUGGGAGACAAGCUUUGGUUUAUCAGGAAAAGCAAAUGGAGGAGAGUUGGUAUUGAAACUUGGGUUUCAAGUCAUUGAGAAAGAUGGAGGAGUUGAAAUAUAUAGCAAUGAGGAGAAUCUGAAGCCUAGUAGUAGGUUCAAAAACUUUACUUCUUCGCUUGCUCGUCGACAAUCCAAGUCCUCGUUUAGCAUGCCUAGUCCAAGAAUCGUUACCAGAAACGAUGCUUGGACUCCUUCGCAAAGAAGGUUAGCAGAAGAUAUCCAAGGUAUGAAUGGUUUGAAUCUUGAUGAUGAUGAUCCAAAUCAAGUUCAUGAUUCAUAUCCAUCUAGUCAGAGAGUUUUUGAUGACAAAGAAAAAGUGGAGGAUUUUGAUCUUGAUCUUCCAGAAUUCGAGGUUGUUGAUAGAGGAGUUGAAGUUGAAGGAUCUGAGAAAUCUGUUGGAGUGAAAUCAUCUUCAAGUGAAAUUGUUAAGGAAAUAGUCCAUGAUCAAUUGCACUUAGCAAGAUUAACAGAACUUGAUUCACUUUCUAAGCAAAUAAAGGCUCUCGAAUCCAUGAUGGGAGAAAACAACAAAGAUUUCGACACGGAAUCACAAAGAUUGGAUUCUGAUGAAGAAAAUGUUACUAGAGAGUUUCUUCAUAUGCUUGAAGAUCAAAGGUCUAGAAUAUCCAAAAUCAACAAAUCUGAAAUUCCGCGUUUAGAACUCGAAGAACAUGAUGAGACUUCUUCAUCAUGUGGAGAAUCCAACUCCAAAGUGUACCUUUCUGAUCUUGGAAAAGGCUUAGGUUGCGUUGUUCAAACAAAAGAUGGAGGCUACUUAGCAUCGAUGAAUCCCUUAGACAAUCAUGUAGCUAGAAACGAUACUCCGAAGCUAGCAAUGCAAAUGUCGAAGCCAUUUGUGUUGGCAUUUCAACAAUCCUUAAACGGAUUCGAGUUAUUUCAGAAAUUGGCUUCCGUUGAUCUUGACGAACUUAGUUCUCAAAUUUUCUCGUUGAUGCCUAUAGACGAACUCGUAGGUAAAACUGCUGAACAGAUUGCUUUUGAAGGCAUUGCUUCUGCCAUCAUACAAGGUAGAAACAAAGAAGGAGCUAGCUCAAGUGCCGCGCGGAUAGUUUCCGCUUUGAAAGAAAUGGCAAACGCAAUGAGUUUAGGAAGACAGGAAAGAAUCUCGACAGGGAUUUGGAACGUUGAUGAUAUUCCACUUACGGCAGAGAAAAUUCUAGCUUUUACAAUGCAGAAGAUCGAGUUCAUGGCUAUUGAAGCGUUGAAAAUUCAAGCUGAUAUGGCGGAAGAAGAAGCUCCAUUCGAUGUUUCUUCAUUCGGUACAAAGGAAGGGAACAAAGAAAAAGAUCUUUUGAGUUCUGCUAUUUCUCUUGAGGAUUGGAUUAGAGAUCAAAGCUUUGUAAACGAUGAAAUAUCGAAUAUCACAUUGAUGUUUGUUGUUCAAUUAAGGGAUCCAAUAAGAAGGUACGAAGCAGUUGGAGGACCUGUGAUGGUGUUAAUCCAUGCAACAAAUGUGGACACAAAGGGUGAUGAUCAUUAUGAAGAUGAGAAGAGGUUUAGAGUAAGUAGUAUGCAUGUGGGAGGGUUUAAGGUGAGGAGUGGUGAUGGAAAGAAGAAUGGUUGGGAUAGUGAGAAGCAAAGGCUAACUUCAAUGCAAUGGUUGGUUGAAUAUGGAUUAGGAAAAGGAGGGAAGAAAGGAAAACAUGCAUUGGUGAAAGGGCAAGAUUUGUUGUGGAGUAUUUCAUCAAGAAUUGUGGCUGAUAUGUGGAUGAAACCUACGAGAAAUCCAAAUGUUAAUGUUGUGUAA